AUGUCUGGUGUGCAAAAAAUUUGUUUAAAUAAUUUAAAUAUCAAUAUAAAAAAUGCUUUGAUAGUAGGGAUAAUUAUAGCUAAAAAUAGUCCAAGGACUUUUGGUGCAAAAAAGCAAAACGGUGUUUUGCGAGGGGUGAUGUCUUUUACUUUAAGGGAUUCAGAUGUGGACACUAUUAAUAUUGAUGUUUGGGGCUCAGAAUAUUUCGUAAUAACAUUUUAUGAACGAUUUUUAGUAGGUGAUGUUGUCGAAAUAUCCUCACCAAAGAUAAGCAUUAAAGGAUGUGGAAAUGAAGCUUUUAGGCCACAGGUAUCUUCUCCCUUUUAUUUAUCUCUAAACGAAGGAUCAUCCGACGUUAAUAUAUUUGGAGGAGACACUUUUUCAUUUUAUUUGCCUUUACUUCAUAUACCUACAAAACCAUGCGCUGGCUAUUGUGGUUUGGCUGAAGUUUUAAAAUAUACCGAACAAACUGAUAAUGUGUACGUUGAUCUCUUAGUGGUGGUUAAAUGUGUCCAACCACCUAAAAACAUAAAAACAAAAAUGGGCGCAGACAUGACAGUACGAGCAGUGGAAAUAAUUGAUAAUACAACACCAGCCUCUGUUUUACUCGAUAUGUUCGAAAUUGACACAAUACAAAGGGCAGAAGAUUGGCGCGCGUUAGAUAGCGUGCUCUUUAUAGCGGACGCGAGGGUCUCUUGGCGUAGGUCUCUUCGCGUUCAGUGUUGCUCUCGUACAGUCAUCACGCACCAACCUCACACGCCUGAGGCUGAAGCACUGAGAUUGUAUAUGAGCAAUCAAGCCAGUAACGGCGGUGAAGCUGCAGCGUGGGCGGCUUGGAGUGGGGAGAGGCCGUGUUCAGCGUCCGUAGCACAAAUACGUGAUAGACUAAUAUCAGGAACUCCGUUCUGUGCCACCAUUCAUGGCUUAGUGACGCAUCUUGAUCUGGAAGAACUUCUUACUACGACGAAUACUAAUGUAGAAGAUAUAAGAAUAAAAUUCGCGGAUCAUACCGGAGAAAUAUCAGCUCGUUUGCCAAUAAACGUAUUCGGAGAUACUUUUGGAUAUACGGUCGAUCAGCUGAAAAACAUGUCGCAAGAUGACCGAGCCUCAAUACGUUGGAGAUUGCUUCUAGAACAAUGUGUAGCAAAGUUAGCAAUUACACCUCCCCGGGUAAUGGUCCUCAGCUUAAGGCGUGCAUCACCAGCUGACCCAAUCCCAUUGUAUUAA